AACGAAUUUAGACGCUGUUCCUAAAGUGAAAGUUGCUUUCUCGUUGAUGUAACGAUUUCGUAUUUACCUUUUGUAAAAAACUACAGGUAUGGCUGGUUUUAUACGGCAUGACCCAGACGAUGAUUACAUCGUGGAUGAUGACAGCGACAUUGAAAGAGACAGCAGCUCUGAAGAUGAACUUGAUUUCACCAUUCACUGUGCCACUCAGAAAGGACUGAGAGUAAGGCACAGUUCAGUGUCCAGCAAGGGCUCAUCAGCAGAGUCGGACUUUGAAAAGGAAAUGAAUGAGGAGUUAAAUCAAAGAGUAUCAGCUCUGGAAGAGGCAAGGAAAACAGGACAGAUAUCAAAAGAGCAAAAGGGUGGAGAGAACCCUACAGCAGGCAGCUCGGUCUCACGGGCCCCACAGUACGAUGAGGAUGAUGUGUAUUUUGACUCUGAUGAGGAGGAGAUGGUCACAGAGGGUGACAAAAAGAAGAAAAAGAAAGAAGUGAUGUUUACAGAUGAGGAUCUUUUUUAUGACCCAAAUCAGGACGAUGAAGAUGAGAAGUGGGUCAACAAGCAUCGCCGGUCACACCUGAUGACAGGGGGUAAGGGCAGCAAGAAGCUCCCUGCCAGUGACGCUGUCCUGGACUGCCCAGCCUGUAUGACCACCCUAUGUUUGGACUGUCAGAAACAUGAAGCCUAUCACAAUCAGUACAGAGCCAUGUUUGUGAUGAACUGCCAUGUGGACUUCUCAGAGGUUCUAAAACAACCUCCACAGAAAAUCAGUAACAAGAAGAGGCAUCGGGGGUCACAGGACGGUCAAUCGGGUUCAGGUCAGAAACAGGAAAGUUCCCAGGAGGAGGAAGAAAAGCUCCACCCUGUGAGAUGUACCGAGUGUAACACAGUAGUGGGUGUAUUUGACAGAGAGGAGGUGUUCCACUUCUUUAAUGUCCUGGCCAGUCACUGAGGCCACACUAAAUGGUCAUAGUUUUCAAACGUUUAUUUUAAGAAACGUGGCCAUUGGAUUCCGCUCUCCGACCAGAGAUUGGCAAUCAGAGAUGGAAUGGCAGCAGAAGGACAAUUAUUUACCAGUGUACAAUUGUCAGACCGGUAGUUUUUACAUGUUACAUGUAUACCUGUGAUGUGUACUGUACAAAAUCUACACUUCAGAGCAUACAAGCCACAGAAGUAACUGACUAGUACACGUCAAGGUCUCUGCAGCAAAUGGGUGAUAACAGUUAACUACAUGUAUUUUCUCUGUGAUGGAGAAGCAAUUAACAAUUCACUAAGUGAUAUACCUGCUUAUUUAAAUAAUGCAGUGAAAUAUAAAAUUAUAGAGAAAACA